GGAAGCAUGAUCUAUAUAUAUAUAUAUAUGAGCUUGUAUAAGCCUGCUUCAAAUUUUAACUGUCUUCUCUUCUAACUAAUAAAAAUGGGAAGAACUCCUUGUUGUUCAAAAGUUGGGUUGCAUAGAGGUCCAUGGACUUCUCGUGAAGAUGCAUUGCUCACCAAAUAUAUUCAAGCUCAUGGAGAAGGCCAAUGGAGAUCACUUCCAAAAAGAGCUGGGCUUCUUAGAUGUGGAAAAAGUUGCAGACUAAGAUGGAUGAACUAUCUAAGACCAGAUAUAAAGAGAGGAAACAUAACUCCAGAAGAAGAUGAUCUUAUUAUCAGAAUGCAUUCACUUAUUGGUAAUAGAUGGUCCCUUAUUGCGGGAAGAUUACCAGGACGUACAGAUAAUGAGAUAAAGAAUUACUGGAACACACAUCUAAGUAAAAAGCUAAAAAAUCAAGAACAAAUAGAGAAGAAGAAAAAGAAGCAGAAGAAAAAUGACAAAAACAAAGUCAUAACCAAAGUACCAGAAGAUUCAGAGAAGAAGACCUUAGUUUAUCUACCAAAGCCUAUAAGGGUCAAGAAGACUUUAUCAUCAAUAAUACCAAGAACUGAUAUAACCUUGAAUUUGGAAUACAAAUCAGUAACAACAAGCCAAGAGGAAGAGCAAAGAACAGAAACAAAAGAGAGAGACAGUGAUGGGUUUGGAUUGUUGUUUGAGGAACAGUACCAUGCAGACUUGGUCAACAAUGAUGACAUUGAAUGCCAAUCUGGUUUUCUUGAGAAGAUGUAUGAAGAGUACUUGCAGCUAUUGAAGAAUGAAGAAAAUCAUGAAAAAAUACUAGAUUCUUUUGCUCAGUCCUUAUUAGCGUGAGUAAUAAUAAAUAAAUAAUAUUCGGCUUAUAGCAUUUUUCUUUGUACAAUUUUUUUAAGGAUUUUUGGUACAAUUCUGUUUAGCAUUUU